AUGGCCAAAUCAAACAACGCCCCUCACCAGUUCUUUGCUUUCACUCUUUUUCUUCUGUCCUGGCAAUCCAUCAAAUCCGUCAGAGGCGAAGGAGCGGAAGAAAUAGAGUAUGAUUAUGAGCAAUGGAGCUCCAAGGGGCCGGAGCACUGGGGAGAGCUCAAAGAAGAAUGGAAGGAGUGUAAAAAUGGAGAUCUACAAUCCCCAAUAGAUUUGAUUGAUUCAAAUGCCAGAAGAGUAAUCACAGCAGAAGAUGAUCUGAGUCAUCUGACCAUGAGUUAUAAGCCUUCACCAGCAACUAUGAAGCUUGAAGGUCAUGAUAUUUCGAUUGAAUUUACGGAUGAUGCCGGAUCAAUUCAUAUAAAUGGCACUGAUUACUUCCUCAAAAAAUGUCAUUGGCACAGAUCGUCUGAACAUCACAUUAAUGGCAGAAGUUACGAUUUGGAGUUGCAUAUGGUUCACCAAAGCCAGGACAAAAAUGUAGCCGUUGUCGCAUUCUUAUACCAAACUGGCGAACCCGAUCCUUUCCUGUCCAAGAUAAGCGACAAAGUUGGUACAAAGGAGGCAGACUUGGGAGUGACUGAUCCAAGUUCAAUAACCUGGCCAAGUUCACAAUUUUACAGAUAUAUCGGGUCACUCACGACCCCUCCUUGCACUGGAGGAGUUAUUUGGACUGUAAACAACGAGGUACAUACCGUUUCAGCAGAGCAGCUGGAGUUAAUUGAAGAAGUCGAUCAAGGGGUGAAUGCAAGACCAUUACAGCCUCUUAACGAUCGAGAUGUCACUCUCUUUGGUGCGCAGUAG